ACCGCAAUUCCUCGUAAUUUCAUUUCACCUGCAAAUUGCAAUUCAUUCUCAUCAUCUUUCUUUAUCUUCUUCAUCCCUACAAAUCACCUAAAACUCGCUUCUUCUCCUUUUUUCUUGCAAUCUCCCUAUUUUUACGCCUCCCCUUUUCUCUCUCCUCUAUCUUCCGCCAUUUCCUCUCUCUCACUCCCGCCAUUUUCCGCUUCAUCUCGCCAAUCAAAUUCUAACUUUUUUCCAGUUCAAUUUUUUCAACAAUGGAGGAUUACCUCAUACAAUAAUCUUAACAUUUUUUCUGAUACUCAACGUCGUCGAAUUUUGCGAUUUUAUAAAAUUUUGCGUUUCUUCGAUGGCGGCUUUUAAGCGCGGGAUUCAAAUCGGUUCAAUGUCGAGAAGUUAUUUCGCUAAAUCUGGAGGUUUCGGUUCUGUUCAUCCGCAGAUUAGCCGAUUUAGUUAUAGUUCUCGGAAAUUCUCGGAGCUUCAAAUUCCUGAUGAUAAAAGGCGUGCAUUACUUGUUGAUACUUUAGCGCUGGUGAGAAGUUUAGAGGCACAAGGUGUGCCCCAAAAGCAGGCUGAGGCAAUAACAUCUGCCAUCACUCACGUUUUGGUUGACAGCAUGGAAAAUAUAUCACAAGCUUUUGUAACUAAAUCACAAAUGCAAAAGGCAGAACUGCUUCAGGAAUCGAAUAUUACCAGAUUUAAAGGUGAAGUACAAAGUUCUCAGGACCAUCAUUUUUCAUUGUUGCAAAGAGAGACCGAAAAGCUCCAGGGUGAUAUCGAUAAGCUGCGUAGUGAGCUAAAGUAUGAGAUUGACAAGGUAACAGCUGGACAACGUUUGGAUUUGAAUCUUGAAAAGGGGCGGAUACGUGAUGAACUUGCUGGUCAGAAAUCUGAAACCAGCAGCCUUACAAGUAAGCUCGACCGGGAAAUUAACGCGUUGAGGGCUCAACUGGAAGCAGGAAAGGUGGAGUUGAUAAAAUACUGCCUUGGUACACUUGUUUCUGUUGCAGCUAUUGGUCUUGGUUUCGUUCGGUUGAUCAGCUCAAAAUGAUUGCAAACUUAUUCUUUUCAAGACCACUAGAAGUCUAUGAGCAUAUGCUAUCCUUAGAAUGUUCCAACACAUUUCAUCUGGUAGUUUUUCUAGGCCAGAAUGAGGUAACUUCCUUCCUAGGUAGGCCUUUCAUUGUUAACAUUUAAUUCCUGAUGCAGGAAUGAUUCUUUGUACAGAUUUCUCAGUUUCUAAUUUGUAAUACGAUCGGAUGCAUUCACGGGCAGUUCAGUAGUUUAUUAACUACAUUAUAAUGGCUGGAGACUGGAUUUUAGAAA